UGCGCAGUGGCCAGAAGAGGUUUGUGAGCUGUCUUGUGGGUGCUGGGACUGCACCCCACUCCCCUGCGAGCUCUUAACUGCUGAACUGCUUGUCUGGUGUCUAUGGUAGUGGUGUUUUACUUUUAUUUGCUGGGUGAGGCACACCACAGCUUGUGUCGGAGGUCUGCCCUCCCCCAUGUGGGCUCUGGGGAUGGAGCUCAGGUCCUCAGGCCCAGUGGAAAGCAUCUUUGCCCGCUAAACCAUCUUUCCAGCCCCAGAAAGUGGUUUUACUUUUGCUGGGAUGGAUGAGGGAAGUCGCAUCCCAGGCAAACACUCCAGCAUAGAAGUAAACCCCAGCCCUCAUCUUCCUUUUAAACUAUUUUAUUCUAUUCUUUUUAUUGGUUUGCUGUGAGGACAAGGACUCAUCGAGUAGCCCAGGCUGUACUGAAUUUAUGAUAUUCUGCCCUAGCUUCCCUCCUGGUGCCUGUGUUAUGGAUUUGCCUCAUCGUACCCAGCUUUCUAAACUGUCUGAAAGUCUUAAACCUACCUGUCAUGUAACCAUCUUUACUCCUUGGUGGUUAAUUAAGGGGGGGCAUUUUCUCACACAAAAUCUGCCUCUGAUUGGUAAUGGCUUUACUCACAACAGCAAACUUCCAGGGCCCAGGCUGUACAAAGUUUGAACAAUCCAGUAUCUCUCAGUAGGUGAGCGGAUAUCACAUGCUGUAUAUGUACUGUUCAGUAAUAAAAACGGAGUUAUGCCCUGGAUCAUUAAUCUUGUUGCUGUGAUCAAAGAAGCCAGAUAUCCCCAGAUUUGCAGAACUCUUGCAGAUAGCUUCAAAGCUAAGUAUGGGGACACACGUGUGUAAUUCCAGCACUCAGGAGCCUAUGGCAGGAGGACUGAGUUUGAGGUCAGCCUAGGCUACAUAGGUAGUUCAAGGCUAACACCUCAAGAAAUAAAAGGUGUGGGGGGGUGUUAUAAAGGAAUGUGAUACUGAGUGGGAGGCCUAGGCAUCUUAUUUUGAGGUCCUGUGUCUGGUGUGUUUAUAUCAAAACUAUGACACUGGGUAGUUAUGUCAGUUUACAUGUUAUUUACAUGCAAGCACAGCUGUAACCAAAUGUGUAGGUGAUGCUCAUCUGGGUGACUGGGGAUCUUUGUGGAAGGGAAGCCCUUUCAGGAGAUCAUAUUGGUGUCUGUCAGGCUACAUAAUAAUGGACAAAGGCUAAAACAGGGAAGAGAAUGAACUUUGGGCUUGCUCUCAAUAGCAUCGCCUGGUGUCGUUGCUGGUCCUAUGCUGUCCCAUGCUCCUAACCCCACACCAUGGGGUUAAGCUCAUCUACCCCAGGUCAUAGCUCAUCACAUCCCUGCUGUCUCUUGCUUUUCUGUUCUUCCUGCAGUGACUCAGGCCCAGUUCCUUGUACUCCUGGGGGGCAGCAGGAGCCAAGAGGAGGCUGUGGCCCCAUCUCACAGGCCUCUGCUGUGCCUCCAAUGUGUCAUGUAGUGUGGUCCUUGAGUUCCCUUUGUCUUUGUCAUUGCCAAAGCUGUACCUAGUGCUUGCAGACUACGGGCUUACGUCUCUGAGACCCAGUUGCUAUCUUCUACUGGCACAUUCUUAGGUCACUGGAAAUGUUCUGAAGAGUCACCCCAAAUUUGAUUUAGCAACAAGAACCCAGGAAUGGCAUGGGGUUUCCUGACUGGCUACCUCCUUGCCUCUUUGUCUUCCUGCAGAUCUGAUUUGUAUUCACUGUAACUAGCACUGUUCCCAAGACCCUCUGGAUCCAGACUAAGGGCAUCCUUAGCACUCGAGUAGCCAUUGUAUUCCCUAUGGCUGAGCACUCUGGUUUCCUGUGACAUCAGAGAGGUGCUGUGUACACAAGUGCCAGGACAUACAAACUACGAAACAAGUUGGCAGUAAGAGAUGGGAAGGAGGCUGCAGCCUUGGAUUCCUUGGUGGAGGACGGACUCCACUGCUCUCUGGCCUUGCCCCCUGAUGAUGAUAGUGUGACCACUGGCAUCUUCAUGAGCUCCAGAGGUCACAGCACGCUCCCACGGACUCUCAUGGCUCCUCGGAUGAUUUCCGAGGGAGACAUAGGAGGCAUUGCUCAGAUCACCUCCUCUCUCUUCUUGGGCAGAGCCAGUGUGGCCUCCAACCGGCACCUCCUCCAGGCCCGGGGCAUCACCUGCGUCGUCAAUGCGACCAUCGAGAUCCCCAACUUCAACUGGCCCCAGUUUGAGUAUGUUAAAGUGCCUCUGGCUGACAUCCCUCAUGCCCCCAUUAGACUGUACUUUGACACUGUGGCUGACAAGAUCCACAGUGUAAGCAAGAAGCAUGGGGCUACCUUGGUGCACUGUGCUGCGGGCGUGAGCCGCUCGGCCACCCUCUGCAUUGCCUACCUGAUGAAGUUCCACAAUUUGUGCCUGUUGGAGGCAUACAACUGGGUGAAAGCCCGGAGGCCUGUCAUCAGGCCCAACCUGGGCUUCUGGAGGCAGCUGAUAGACUAUGAGAGCCAGCUCUUUGGGAAGUCUUCAGUUAAGAUGGUACAGACACCCUAUGGCAUCAUUCCAGACGUUUAUGAGAAGGAGUCCCGACACCUGAUGCCUUAUUGGGGGAUUUAGUGUUGCCACAGCUGGCAUCCACAGCCCCUGAGCAGUACCAGCAUCUGCCACACACCAUCUGUUCCCCUCUUCCUCUCUCUGGUUCUCCCGAGAGUGUUUCUACACUGGGUGUUCGGGUUUAAGAGAUGCGGAGGGGAAAUGCAUACGUUGCUAGUGACGUUUUUUUAAAACUAGCAUUUUGAAAUAGUGAACAUGGAAAUCUUUAACUGGCCUUUACUCGUUUGUAACAACUGGAACAGUGUAGGACACUGUUCUUGCUUUCACUCUGGCUCCUGCCUUUUUGGGGCCUUAGCCGGUGCAGGGGGAGCUCACUGCAAACAUCGGUUUUGGCCCUGAUUAACCCUCUGGAGACCAGCUUUGCUGAGGACUGCAGGCUGGACAGACGUUUAGGGAAGAUCAAGGCCAGCUCAGUCCCUGCAGGAUUAGCCUGGUCCUUUUCCUCUGUUAUUUGAUUCUAUAAGUUAAGUUCACCAUUGUUGUUUAGUUGAUUAAGUGGUUAUGAUAAAAUCUGUUGCAAAGACCCUCUUGAAAUCAGUGUGCCCUGGGAUCACAUUAGCAUUAUUUUUAAUAAACUUGCUUCACAUAA